GCAAAAGAACACAAGGGAAUAAUUCAAACCAGCAGAGAUUUUUUUCCUCCACUACGGUGAUGACCGGAUAAAGGAUGAUCUAUCUAUCAUGCCGCGCGAGAGCUGUGGUAUGCCCAAGGAGUAUUUGUCUGUGGAAGAACGUGUGCAUUAACUUUAUCAUCGCAUUUUGUUAGUUUCGAGACCACUGCCUAGUUUUCUCCUGGUCUUCGUACGGACAGCAAAUGGAACUGGGGAUUGGGCUUUUGUUCUCCUUUUAAGAUAAGAAUCGGAGCUCAGUGAGAUCAAGCAUGGAUGCCGUGCCGGAGUAUUCCCUUUUCCUCAUGAGGAUUUUGGAGGAGCUGGACACCAAGUACACCACCGUGUCCUACCAAGACCUGUGCAAGUCUCUGUGUGCCCGGUUUGACCUGGUCCACCUUGCCAAGCUGCGGAGUUUGCUCUUCUACACGGCCUGCCUGGACCCGAGUUUCCCUGCCACUUUGUUCAGAGACAAGAUGCGAUGCUCCGUGGAGGAUCAUCAGUCCAAAAAGCUGAUGGUGGCCGCCGACAUUGUGACCAUGUUUAACCUGAUUCAGAUGAACGGCGGCAAUGCCAAAGAGAAGCUGCCCGUGGGACGCAGGCCCAAAUUCCACAAGAACCAGUCCUUUGAGUCGUGCCGAUCCGACACAGAGGUGUACAAGUAUGCUGCUGACUGUGAUAAAACGUACGACUUCUUGGACGUCAGAGGUCAUCCUAUUAGCCGCAACUCCCCUGGGUCGAAAUCGGACUGUAACAACUGUCAGUCGUUCAUUCCGACCUCCGACCCCAACUUCCUCUUGGGAGUCAACAAGGAUUUGAAAUGCAGAGCAGCCUCAUUGGACAAGCUCCAGCACCUUCCCCAAUACUCGAGCAGCAGCUCUCCUCCGUGUGAGAUGCAGAGCACAUAUUUCCCUAUGGAUAUAGACAGUGAGUCAACCACGGACCAGGACUCCCUGCAUAUGAAUUCAGGGGUAAAGGAAGUGUUCAUAACCAACACGGAGCCUUUCUCUGUGCACUCGUGCGUGCAAAAAAGGAACAUUUUCAAGGAAGAUUUUCAUAACCUUGUUGCCUUCUCUCCCAAAGUGGUUGCCAGCGAGGCCAAGGUAAACCUCAAGCCCCACGGAGACCACCACCACCACCACCACCACCACGGCAGGGAGUACCACAAGCCCGCCACCUUCUUCAACCACAGCUUCGAGCUGCCGUACAGCAACCCGUACUUCGAGCCCGUCAGCUCACCGGUACCGGAAAAGAAGCGGGUGAAGCACGAGAGCCUGGACGACUUGCAGGCGUCCACGUACUUCGGGCCGACCACGGUCUCGGAGUGCGUGAACACCAAGCGGACGUCGGCGGGGAAGCAGAGCAGGCAGCCACACUGGCCUGUCAAGAGCCUGAGUCUGAACACAGAGGAGGGGCCUGACUUCGAGCGGUCUUUCCUGGGCAGCAAGCCGCCAAAAGACAAUCAUCGCCAUAACAUCAACAACAUGGACAAUGACCAUAAACCAUAUCAAUGUGCCAAAGAGAAGGCCAAUGUCUCUCCCUCGGGAUUUCCAAAGAAAUCCAACGGACCUAAAACUAAGGACAUGGCCUCCAUGGCUUGUGUCCCAAAUGGGGACAAAAGAGACGGUCCAAAAAGACACAAAGACAAAAGUGUCAACUGUGCGUCCUUUCAAGCUGGCAACCUUGACAGUGCACUGAGCGUUGGAACGCAAACAGAACAGGCUGAGCAGAGAAAGCUGAAGGACUAUUCUGGACACAGCAAAUAUGGCGACAGGCAGCCGUUCAAGCACUCGGACGAGGACUCUGAAAUUAUCAGCGACGACAUCAGCGAUAUUUUCCGCUUUCUGGACGACAUGAGCGUGUGCGAGUCGCUGGGCGUGAUCCAGCCGUCGUGCUACAACAGCAACGGCUCCCUCUCUCAGGUGACCAAGUCGGACGGCGACAGCUCACCUGAGCGCAACACCAUACGGCUGGCCAAGUCGGGGCUCAAGCUGGACCGCCUGUUCCAGUCGAUGGAGAACGACGACGAGCUGAAGGCCAGCGUCUGCAAGCUGGUCCUGCGGAUCGGCGAGAUCGAGAAGAAGCUGGAGUCGCUCUCGGGCGUGCGCGGCGAGAUCUCGCAGGUCCUCUCCAAGCUCAACAAGCUCGACGAGAAGAUCCAGGAGCCCGACGCCAACGGCAAGCCCGGCGAGGCGGCGGGCGCGGCCGACCAGAUGCACGCCGACGUCGGCCUGUCGCCGCACGUCUUCCAGUGCCACACCACCGGCCACAACGUGAAGGUGGACAACAGCCCGGAGUGGUGCUGCUCGGAGGCCAGCGGCAGCGACAGCCUGCGGGUCAAGGCGCUCAAGAAGAGCCUGUUCACCCGCAGGUCGUCGCGCUCCCUCAACGAGGAGAACAGCGCCACCGAGUCCAAAGUGGCCAGCAUCACCAACUCCCCGCGGGACUGGAGGACAGUGUCCUACUCCAGCCACCCAGGGGAGGAGGGGAAGGAGAAGGACAGGGAGAGCAAGGACAGACACAGGAAAUCCAAAGAGUCGGACCGCCAGUACGAGGUCCCGUCUGCUCACCGCUCCUCCAAACCUCCGAAAGACGCCUACCUGGUGGAGCAGGUGUUCAGCCCGCACCACUUCCCCCCCUCGGUCAAGUCCCACAAGGGCAGCCCGCUGUACACAGACCUGAGGCUGACCAACCUGUCGGAGGCCAAGCGCGCGCAGCCCUCCUGGACCAUAGAGGAGUACAAGCGCAACUCAGGAGAGAAGGGCAAGCUGGCCGCGCUGGACCUGCAGACACAGGAGUCCCUGAAUCCCAACAACCUGGAGUACUGGAUGGAGGACAUCUACACGCCGGGCUACGAUUCGCUGCUGAAGCGCAAGGAGGCGGAGUUCAGGAGGGCCAAGGUAUGCAAGAUCGGAGCGCUGAUCGCGGCAGCCGCCUGCACGGUCAUCCUGGUCAUAGUUGUUCCUAUUUGCACUAUGAAGUCCUAAGGUGGUGUUGUGCUUUGAGGUAGCUGUGAUUUAGGUCUACAGUGCCAGCUAUGUUAGUAAUCAGUGGAUAUACAAAUGUUGACAGGAAUAUGUGUAUAAUUUAAAUAUGAUCAGAAGAUACAUAUUUAAUGCAUUUCAUUUAUUGUUAUCAAUGUCUAUGGACGAUUACUUAGAUUACAACCAUUUAUGUGGCUCAGAGAUUGUAAACUUGUUUUUUGUAGGCAAGACUUAAUAUACUCUAUUGUAGUUAGUUUAGAACACAUUUUCUUUACUAUUUAUGACUAAACUACACUUAACAGCAGAGGAAUGCGUUUUGUUUUUGAAAGCAUAGGAUAUUUUUAUUUUGAUAUGUCCAAAAGCCUUUUUUUGCUGAGAAUUAUUUUUGUGAAUUAACCUGAAUAGCGUGGGGAAAACUGGAUCAAAAAGUUUUAUCUUUCUGACAAAUCAAGAGAGUUUUACUGGGUUUGUGCAAUGCAUCGAAAGUUUGGAGUACAGGUUUGAAGGCUGAAACGGAGAUGACCUGAAUGUAUGGAAAGCCAUUGUGUAUUCUGACAGGGAUUUCAAGAGGUCCCUCCAUCUUCUCACUAUUGUAAAUGUACUGAAGUUCUCUCUUGUUCUUUAUAUUGUAUUCUUUAUUCCAAAUAGUUAACAGCACAAUGCUGCUUCUAAUAAGCAGGAUCAUUAUUUGCCUAGUUAAUUCAGAAUCACUUAUAAAUACUUGAAACUCCUCUCAACUGUCGCAGUCUAGCCCACUGGGAAGUGGUGUCUUAACUGUGUGGAACGCCUUUCGGGAUAUUAAAACAAACAAACGAAAAAAGAGAGAGAAAACUCUCUUGCUGCCACUCUCUCUGCUUCACGAUCAUUCAUCGUGUAGACUAUUCUCUAUAUAUCGAGGGGCCUUAGGACAGCUGAAUGAAUGCCUGACAAUCGGUCAGACGGGGGGCCGGUCAGCCAGCUCGAUGCAUAUCCCUCGGCCCAGACACGUGCGUGACUGAGUUGGGCACAGGCAAUGGACACGGCAUAAACAGGAUAUUUGGAGAUUUAACUGUUAGCUUGUCGUGGCGUUCGUGUGCCAAUCAACAAUCCAUUCUCCAUUUGGCGCUGCUGUGGGGCAAUGACCGUUACCGUGGGGAUGGAAUUGGCCAGUUGAGGCCAACUGUGAUUUGUUUGUUUUCCUUGACCGUGUGGUUGACCAGUCCAGAAUGUUUGUUUGUUGCCUUUAACACAGGAACUGUGAGCCGUAGCACACUGUAGGAUUUUGUAAAUACCUUCAGGAUACAAGCGCAUUAUGUGAACAGGUGUA